CUUUUUCUUCUCUUUUAUUCAUAUUUUCUUGAGAAAAGUUGGUUUUUAAUGAUGGGAAGUUGUGUUAAAAGCUCGAUUUGGGAUAGUGAAUUGAAGAAGCUUUAUGACUAGGGAGUACAAGUAUGAUGUAUGUGUGUGUGUUGGGAAUGUUUGUGGACCUAAUUACGAUUUUCCAAUCUUGGCACGAAGGACAAGAUUUUAACCUUAGUCCAUCUUUUAUGCUAGAGUCGAAAAGUAGAAAACCUAUGUGAAUGGUUGAAAUUGACACUCGCUAAUGGGGAAAUGUGGAUGAAGUUUGAUGAUUUUUCGCUUGUUGGAUGAGUAGUUUUUGAUUAAACUGGUGAAUAAUGCUUUUGAUCCAUAGUAGAUGUGAUUAUUUAGGCUAUAAUUUCAAGAUUUUCAGCAUUGUAUACCAUUCUUAACGCAAAUUAGAUCAUAAUAUGCAUUUGAUUUCUGUGGUUUAUGAUGGAAUAUAUAGAUCAGAUUCCCUCACUUUAAUUUGCUUUUAUGAAAGAUUCCUUCGGAUCAAAUUAUUCACCCUCGUCCAUCGACCCCAAAUUUAUGAAUGGAGCAGACUUGGAGUUGUCUGUAUUAGGCGAAGUGUUAGGAAUCUCAUUCAAGAAGAUAUGUCAAUCGAGAUGCAAAAAGAGAAGCGAAUUAGAGCUAAAAGACUGCUAUUUGCAGGAACAGAUUCGAGUAAGGAAAUGCCUAUUACUGAAGUAGAUAAAUCUUCCCAUAAGCUCAACACUGGAGCAAUGCUGGAAACAAUUUACGAUCAGAUUUAUCGAGAAGAGAGUAGCCCCGAGGGAGGUCCAGGAAGAAGUAUCACUCUUGCGGAGUAUGGCCGGCUCAAUGAGAUCAGCGUCGAGCAAUUUCAAAUGAGUGCCAGAGCUUUUGUUGAUCAGAUGUUAACGGACCGAAAAUUCGUCGACAAGGAACGGGAAUGCUCUGAGUCGAGACCAUUCUCUGAUGCACUAGAAAUUCUAAAGUCGAACGAGUAUUUAUGUGAAAAGAUCAAGAACCAAUAUGGGCAUUCAUCAAAAGGAAGUCUCACUUCUCGGAUGUCGGAAAAAGUAGUUCUAAAGCCAAAUUCAAAGGAUACCAAAUACUCCGAGAAUGUUUCCUGUCAUUGCUCGUUGCUUCAGUUUCAUAACAGGUCGAGCAGUAAAUUACCAAAUGUGAAAUCUACAUCUUUCUCUUUCAGCGAAAUGAAGAGGAAGUUGGAAUAUUCAUUUGGACAGACCAGGAAAGAGACAUACCAGCCCUUAAUGGGUGUAACUACAGUUGAACGGUCUCAUAGUAAAAUGAGCUCUGGAGAUGAGAGUCCUUGUCGACGUAUGAACACCAGAAAUUCUGUGAAUUCAUCCAUCGGUGCCAAGUUGAAGGACAAGAAUCAAGGCCUCAAAUCAAGCUGUUUAUCUGAAAAUUCUUGCAUGAACGAACCCAUGUGUAACAAAUCAAAUCCAUCGAGUAUCCAAGGAACACGUAAACUUGAUGUAAUUCUGGAGGCAAAAAUGCACCUUUCUGCUAGAUUGGAAACUUUAAAUGCCAUUGAGACCUCGACUAGCAAAAGAUGCCCUAAAACCUUAGGACAGAUUCUCUCCUCACCCGAAUAUGACGUUUUGCUUUCCAGCCUAAGUAGGAAAAAGGAAAAAGGUUCGGUUUCCGCGCAGAUGAGAUUGAGUCCUUCUGGCAAUUCUCUGGCAAGUUGCCAAAACCGAAAAGGAAAACAGAAGAAGUACGUAACUCCAUUUAGACGGAAUGAAGAAGCUAGAUCUUCUGAUAAUUUUAGGAACUAUGAUAGUACACUAGAAAUAUUGGAGGCGAACACAAAUUUCUCUCUGAUCGAAAGUCCUGAUACAGAAGUGCAUGAGAACAUUGGUUUUGCUGCAGUUGAUCUGAAGUCUACUGGUCGAGUAAUGAUGGUAGAAUUAGAAAGCAUUCCAAAUCAUGAAUUUACAAGAACUUCAGAAGGGCCAAGUGAAUUAAGCAGCACUGAUGUAUCUGGCACUAUGCAAAAAAACAACAGAAUUGAAUUACUCGAGGAAGAUGGAAAUACAACGCAUCUAAGAUCGGAUUCGCCUUCUGUACCAGAUUAUUCUCCAUGGACUCCUUUAAGCACGUACCGACUAGAUGACAGCACUAAAGAUCGAGAUGAGCACCCAAGCCCGGUUUCUGUCCUUGAGCCAUUUUUCAUGGAAGACGCGAAUAGCCCACCAAGCAUCAUACUUAGAAGAGCUGGCCAGCCAUUACAACCACGUCGUCUAGAUUAUGAAGGGUGCACAUCUGAGGCGUCCCCCAUUGAUCCCACAUUCAUUCCAACAACCUGCAUGGAUGAAAAGGCUUCCAUUUCUGGUUAUGUAAAUGCAGUUUUGCAAGCUUCUUGUCUGAAUUGGGACAAGUUAUCAGCAAUUAUGCCACUCACCGAACAGCUAAUUUAUGAAUCCUUAUUCGACGAAGUAGAGCUUCCAUCCACUGAUUCUCCUUAUGAUCCUAAACUUCUUUUCGAUCACAUUAAUGAAGUUCUGCAAGAGGUACAUAGACGUCAUUUUGGUUUGCCCCCUUGGUUAUCAUUCAUUAAAUCGAAAAUCCAGUUUGCGCCAUUGGAACAACAGGUGGUCGACGAGGUAAUGAAAGAAGCUGUUUUUUACCUCCUUCCUUGCACUGAGAAAAGGACGUUGGACCAGCUCGUUGGCAAAGAUAUGGCAAAUUCGGGAUCGUGGCUUGAUAUCCGGCUUUAUACAGAGGAAAUUGUGAGUCAGAUUGCAGAAUAUAUCUUAGAGGAAUCAAUCCUGUAUUUGAUUCUUGAUUUUGAUACAUUAAGCUGAAGCUGUUGUUCAUAUUUUUUCAUACAUCUAAUUUAAUGCUAGUUACAUAGAAGGUAUAAUGAAGAAUAAAGGUUUUAUUAGCAGGUUAACAUUUU